AUGGUUGUUCUCUCAGAACUUUCAGUUUCAGAAGAGAUUGAAACCGGGGAAGAUCUAAAACCAGAAUUGGAGAGUGCCAUUAAAGCAUCUAGAGCUUCUAUUAUCGUGUUGUCCAAAAAUUAUGCUACUUCGACGUGGUGUCUUGAUGAACUGGUGUUGAUCCUUGAGCAACGUAUGACAUCCAAUCAUAUUGUCAUCCCCAUCUUUUAUCAUGUUGAGCCCACCCAUGUCAGGAAGCAAGAAGGUAGCUUUGGAGAUGCAAUGGCUAAGCAUAGACAGAAGAUGGAGGCAGAGUCAAAUUUAAAUAAAAGAAAUCAAUGGGCUGAAAAGAUAGAGCUUUGGAAUAAAGCGCUUAGAGAAGUUGCUGAUUUAAAAGGGAAGGAUGCAAACGGCAGGCUUGAGGUGGAGUUUAUUAAUGAAAUUGUCAAGGACAUCUUCCGUAGAUUACACAUAUCAUCAAGGUUUCCAUUACCACAACUUAUUGGGAUGGAAGUUUCCAUUUCAUUCCUCACUUCAUGGUUGAAGGAUGCAUCAUCGCCUACCACAGAUAUAGUUACUAUUUUAGGUAUUGGUGGGAUCGGGAAGACAUCUUUAGCCAAAUAUGUCUACGCACUACAUUCUCAUGAAUUUGACAGAAGCAGCUGCAUUAUAGACAUAAGUAGGCGAUGUGAUAAAAAGUAUAAUGGAAUGAUUGAUGUACAAAAACAACUCUAUGCUGACAUUUCCAAACCAAGUUCGGUAGUUCAAGUUCAUGAUGUUUCUAUAUACACCUCAAUGAUAGAGAAAGUACUAGCCAAUAAAAAAGUGUUUCUAGUUCUUGAUGAUAUUGGUAGUCUUGACCAGUUGGAUGCGUUAGUUGGAAGCAAAGGUUUUCGUCCAGGAAGCAAAAUUCUAAUAACAACAAAGGACGCAUGGUUGACACAAAGUUGUUCACUAUUCAAAAUGAAAAUUAAACCCAAAUAUGCAGAACACAAGCUUGAAGGCUUAUCUACUACUGAAUCCCAAAAACUUUUGUGUUUUCAUGCAUUCAUGUGUAAUAAUCCCAAGCCAGGUUAUGAAGAGGUGUCUGAAAAUCUUGUGAACUAUUGUGAAGGACAUCCAAUGGCUCUUGAAAUUUUGGGUAGGUCUCUACAUAAUCGAGAAGUAACUUAUUGGGAGGGUUACAUAGACAAACUAAAGAAAGAAAAUGAUUCCCCUAUAAAUAAUGUGUUGAGAAUGAGCAUUGAUUCUUUGGCAUCAGAGAGUGAUAAGAACUUAUUUAAGUAUAUUGCUUGUAUCUUUAUUGGAAUGGAUAGAGAUGUUACUAGAACAAUAUUAGAGGCAUGCGAUAUAGAAACAAAAACAGGGAUCACGAAUCUCAUCGACAAAUGCCUUCUUAGUGUUGGAGAUACUAAUGAAUUGAUGAUGCAUCAAUUGGUUCAAGAGAUGGGAAGAUUUUUGGUACGUGAAGAAUCACUUUACAAACCAUGGGAACGAAGUCGAUUAUGGGGUCAUGAGUCAUUUAGAGUAUUGAAACAGGAAAAGGGUACGGAAAAUGUUCUAGGACUCACUCUUGAUAUGAGAAUGCUUGAGAAAGAGAAGUUACAUGGAUCACUUGAGUUGAAAACAGAUUCAUUGAGUAAGAUGGAUAGGCUAAUGUUGCUACAACUCAAUUAUGUGCAAAUCAGCGGCUCUUACAAAAAAUUUCCAGAAGAAUUAAGAUGGUUGUGUAUGCAUGGAUUCCCUUUGAAAUAUAUACCUUCUGACUUAUCGAUGGAGAAUUUGGUUGCUCUUGACAUGUCAUAUAGCAAUAUUGAAUCAUUGGAGAUUUUCCAUAGCUAUCCACAACGACUUCAUAAGAGGCUGAAGCAAAUGAUUGGAUCGUGCUCAAAAGACAAAAGAUUGCUUGGUUCGUUGAAGAUUCUUAAUUUAAGUUUUUGUGAACAGAUUCGUAGUCUUCGUGGCUUUGACCACCUCCCUAAACUUGAGAGGUUAAUACUCAAAGGGUGUAUUGGUUUGCUGGAGGUUUGUGAAUCAAUUCAGCAAUGCCUUGAACUUGCCCUCAUUGAUCUAAGCUAUUGCAAGAAGCUGAAAAAACUUCCAAAAAGCUUAGGCAAAUUAAAGAAAGUUAAAACACUAUUGUUAAACGGUUGUCAUCUUGGUGAAUCUCAAAUCAGGAUUAGGGAUAUGGAUUCCUCAGAAAUGCUCAAGGCAAACAAUAUUGGCAUAAACACUAUAAGCUCUUCCUCCACUGUUGUGGAGGUUAUGCCAAGUUAUUCAAAGUUCUCUGUGAUUUCUUUACCGAGAUCUUUAGUGAGCUUAUCACUUGAGAAUAAUAAUUUGUCCUCUGAAUCCUUUCCUAUGGACUUCAGUUGCUUGCCUAUGUUAAAGGAAUUAACUUUAGAUAAAAAUCCUAUUGUUUCCCUGCCCAGUUGUGUGAGAACCCUUCCUAGGCUUGAGAUACUUAGUAUGAGCGAUUGUAAAAUGCUGACAACAUUUGAGCAUCCACCACAUACACUCACACAUUUGAACCUUCAUUCUAAUAAGUGUUUUUUACGAAAAGUUGUAUUUGAUCCACAAAUGUCCCCACUCAAGUUAGCACUAGGACGGAGGAUCUUGGUACAUUCAUCAUCUGAAUUUGAAGGUGUGAUCAAAAUCCAACCAAUUGCAGGUGUUGAGGAAAAAGUAUUACAUCGUCUGGGCUGGACUAAGCUAGACUUCCUGAACGGAAGGCACGUGACAACUUCUUCUACUUAUGGGGAAUCAGAGGAAUCUGAAAUCCAGAUGUAUUAUGAAUUUGGAAUAUUCAGCACAAUUUAUGGAGGCGAAGAGAUGCCGAAUUGGAUUAUAGAUAGAAGCAUGGGGCCAUCUAUAUCAUUUACCAUCUCAUCAUCUACUAACAAGCUCACUGGAUUAAAUUUCUGUUGUGUGUUGGCAUCUCCAUUUCCCGAUGAGGGGAUUGAAUUAGUAGAUGAUGUUCUCCUAGAUUUGCCGGUGAUCAAAAUUUGUAAUAUAACAAAGAACCUCACCUGGAUAUACCAACAUUACGUUGACAGUGUACUUGAUAUCGGUGGAAAGUGCUUGACAUUGUUAAGCCAUUGGAUGUUUGGGAUGAAUGAGAUGGAAUGUGGUGACCACGUUACUAUUAUGGUGAUGUGGGAACCAGAUGAUAUUGGUGAUGCAGUUAUCAAGGAGUGUGGGGUUGGUUUUGUAUAUGAUGAUGGCAACAUGGAUGAGAAACAAGAUGUGUUGGGUUAUUACAAGUCAUGGAAUCAUAUUAUUGGUCGAGAUCUCACCGGAUUUCAAACAACAACAGGCGAAUACAUCCUAAACAAAGAUCGAAUUUUGUGGCCUGCCCUUGAUAUAGUUCGACUAAACUAUUAUUAUCUAUGUGGAGAAGGCGCCCACUUUAUAGAUAAUGAUUUUUACUUCAAAGCCUUGUCCUAAAGGAAGACUGGUGUACUUGAGGAUGGCCGCUAAGCUCAUCGAAUCUAAGCAGUCUUCUUUCAGGUUUAUUUAUGUUUUCUAAUGGAAAUGAAGGUGCUUUUGGUUUUGGUGUUGUCUUGUCCCAGAGAGUUGGAUCUACAAAACAUGCAUGUUCAAAAUUUAUACAAUGCUAGGUUAGAUAUAUUUUGUGUACAUAUUUAUCUCGUUUUGUCGAAACACAAGCCUUUUUCACAACAACAUUCAUCAAUGGACACACCCUUUUGUGUUAAAUUGUUAAUAACUGAUAUUAUGUUCAACAUUAACUAAUAUAUACUCACAAUAUUCUGCCACAAACAGAGGCAGAGGCAGGGUUGUUGGAUUUCAGGUCAACGUUAAUAAUAAAAACUUCAAAAGUUAAAUGUGGACAAUUUUUGUUGGAUUUAAUUUUGGACGGAGGUAGUACAAUAUUUGUUCAUAGUCAUAUGGAAUAAAACCUGCAAACAUUGAUUGUCUUAUUCGUAGCCAAGGCUCUUAACAGCAGUUCACUAAAAGUGUAAAGGAGGAAAUAUACAUUACUCUAUUUUAAUUUCAAAAUUCUCUAUAAGACGAUAUCAUUCACUUUUGAACUGUUCAACAUAAAAACAAAAAUAUGAAAUUACUAAAAUGUGGAAGUUAAAAUAUGGCAAGGCAGAAACUAAACACUUAUUGUAAUCUAAGAUAUGAAAGACCUAAAUAUGGAACAUAUGAAAUAAAAAUCCAAUAUUACAAAAUUAUUAUAAUUAUGGAAAGUUCCCCAUUCUUAAAUAAAUGCUUAUAAUUAUUUAUGCAAUGAGGUUUUUCAUUUUUUUUUCUAAUUCUUAUCACAUUUUUUUUUCGGAGAAACCAUGUUUGAUUAUAGACAAAUUUACAUAAAUG